ACAACACUGGCUAGCGGUAAGAGAAAAAGAGGCAGUGGAAAUCGGGACACGCGCGGUAGAAUUACCAGAGAUGGUGUUAGUAUCAUUAAUGGUUCUUUAGUCAGUAGUCCGAAACAAAUCCUUACGAGAGCUAGUUGUCAGAUAACGAGUGCAAAUUGCGGGCUUAGCAUCAGCAACACACAGAGUGAUAACAUUAAUCGUAGUACUAAUGGAAAAGUUGAUCUCAAUGACGAUGACAACAAUAACAAUAAACAAACGACGAUAUGCAAAAAGACUCGGUGGGGCCUUGAUACAGCAGCUGUAACGCUCGUGAUAAGCGAACACGAACAUCCAGCAAUUCCACCUGCGGCCUGGAUUUCAGCGACGGAGUCAGUAGCAGUAACAGCAACGGUCACAACAAUAAAAAUAGACUCAAGAAAAACGACGAUGGCGUUCCAACCGCCUCAGGAUAUUAAAGGACGAAAAAUCUUGGAAGACCUGCAACAGAAAAAGCAAUUCCUUCUGAUUAAAAAUCCACCUCAACAACAACCUACCCCAGUUGAGACGCCAAUGUCACAAAGCCAGCGGACAGCUCUUGCUCACGCUCAACAAACCUCGCCAGGAUAUUUCGUAACUCAGGAAUCGUCAUUCGGAAAUCUUAUUCUGCCUGUCCUGCCAAGAUUCCCUCCAGGACCACCAUCUACAACGCCGUCAGGGACAGCCAACAACUAGAAGUCGCGUUGUACAGUGUUACUGGCUUGUGAUAAUACUAAAAGCGUCUACAAUUUCUCCAAGAAACGUUUUCUCUAAAAAUGUUUUCAAAAUAAUUAUUUUUACUAUCGCUAUAUUAGCAGGUAAAAUGUCACAGACGAUCGUUGCUUAUGCCAUCUUUUUCUCACCCCCUGUACAAUAAACUUGUGUAUAAUACAACAUUCGAUAUUUCAUAUAACAUUUUUUUAUCAUUCAUAGAUACUGAAAAUGAGCAUUCUAACAAUUGGUUAAGAGUUGUGGUAGAUUGUCUAAGAAUGGAGUGCGCGUUUAGUUGGUGCACUCUUCGACCAAUAUAAUUUUUAUAGAGGGACGAGACUGCAAUCUUCAGGACGCUGAUCGAAGUGACGCGUAUAGUUAUGUGGUGUCACUCUGUCAAGUUAUAAUCAAUCAUACUCAUAACUACGAAUACUUUUUCGGUAGACUUUCUACCGCCCAUAACAAGUAGAAAGCCUGUUGUUACAACCAAGUGUUGGUGAGAUUUAGAUAAACAAUGAAAGAUCUUCUCUCUUUGUUUUCCCUAUUUGGUUUAUCAAAAUUCCUAAUUUCUGACCAAAUGUCACGAAUUUAAGAUUUGUGUCGAUAGUCAAGUGUUUGCAGGGCAUUUGACGCCAAUUAGCGAGCCUCAAUUUGGUGACCGACAUAUCGUUCGGGUCCAAGAUGCCGUCGUUGAGCUACGUAAACUAUCUUCAGAAACUUAAGUCAUAGAGUCCCUACAGCAGCCAACACAAAUAUCUUGGCCUACUCUGGGAGACUUUUGAUCGUGAUUCAAAACUAAAGUGAUCUAAAUGCUUCAAGAUAAGUGCUGGUCUUAUUUUUCGUUUUUGAGGUCCUUCCUAUAUCACGUUGUCCACAGUAUUAUACUUUCAUACAUUCACUAUUUAUUGCGACUUCCAUCUAAUGGUUUCGAACCCAUUUGUGAAUAAUAAUAAUACCCUUUGACAACCAGAUAUGGCUAAAAAGCGUCUUUACUAGAGCGAAUUUUGUAAAAUAAAUGAAAAGCAAUGUAGGUCUAGUCACAGAUACUUCAUCGAAAGGUCAAUGAUGGCAACACGACAGUUGUCUACUCUGUUGGCAUUUGUUCGUCGUUGUUGUGACGAAAAAUGCACACUAAUACGAAAAAAAGUAUGAUUUAGGUAAAUCUUGUGAGAUCGCUGGGGUUAUAUUAGCUUACAUUUGUCAAUUUAUUUUAACGAUUUAACUCUCGAUUACAAAAACAAGUUAAAUUCUAUAGAAUAAGACGCUAGUCAUCUAACUACAUGUCUUUAAACUGACUCAAUAUUAAUAAGUUUUUUUUACAAAACGAGUCUGUGUACCUGCGCCAUCAAUACGAAAGUCGUCCAAAUUUAACACCAUAUUUUAAAUAAAUCAUGUCACCUUUAUUAAGAUAUUUAAAUUAGUCCCGCUAUUUUAAACAGGAUGAUUUUAGUCUUAGUCUCUUCAAUUUGACGAACGGUUUGAAUUCAUGAUCAGGUAUGACUUCUAACAUAAACUCUUGCUUUAGAGUGAAUCGACACUUCUGCGAGAUUUUGAUUGUGGUUCUACUACACUUUUGUUAUAUCAAUUAUUCCCCUUUGUCGCUGGCAAUUAUCUGGCUACGGCAAUUAUAUUUCCUUGAUAAUUAUCUUCUUUAUAUAAAUGACCCCGUUGUCCGAGUACGCUCAUUCUACUACCGUGCUUCAGUGCUUGGUUACUCUGCUGAAAUAAGCUCAUUACUGCGUCGAUAUUAAUUUGUUAAUGACUGCAUGUUACCUGCUAUCUGAACAGAUAACAGAGCUCGACCCUUUUAUAUUGCCACUGUUUAAUUCCAGUAAAACUAACUUCUAUCCGUGCACACGGCGGCAUUCUAUAUUCUUGUUUAACCCAGAUCCUUUUCCCUUCCUUAAUUGUGCCCUCUAUCAUUGAGACGUUGUAAUUUUGAUACUUUAUUGCGCGUAUUUUGUUUCCGCAUUUCAGUUUAUAGGUCCUUCUAAUUUCCAGUUAAAAACGUGUUCUUAGGAACAAAAGCAUGUAUAUAAAAACUGCAACGAUCACACAUGGCAUCGGCAACGACAUACCACGUGUGGAUUUAUUAAUGAGUAUUAGACUGUACUGCCUCUUUGUCGAUCGAGAUUUCGCUGAAGCAUAUUAGUUAUUACCAAAUGCUCUAUAUCGGCUAGCAUAUUUCCAUCUCUUGAGUAUAAUUUGAUAUCUACUAGUUACUACCUGAUGUUAUCUAUCAGUCCGAAAGAACUUUCAGUUACAGUUCUGCUCAGAUUAGGUCGCUGAACAUAACUGAUUUCAAAAACUUAGAUUCAGGCUAUAAUAGAUAGCUGCAUUAUACGCUCUACACAAAUUAAGUACUUUAUACAGAUUUCGAUCUGAUAUAAAGAAGAAUAUCGUGGAAGGCUAGGUUAAAUGUUAACGUCAUCGAAUCUGUCGUUUACUGCCCUCUUUUAUUUGAACUUAUCUAGACCAUGGCUUGUGUCUCAAAUUUAAAUCUUUACCUACAUAGAGAUGAAACGGAAAAAAACAUCUUAAGAAUGUUUUUUUUUCUUAAGAAUGAGCUUGGCUGUCGCAACUGAAAAAAAGUUUAUCAGCGCAUUGAACAAGGUUGUAGUAAUUUACUCGUUUGUACAAUUCCUUAUGACAACGCUUCCCGUUUCAAGUCCAGUUCAUGCAAAUGCUAUUAGACGACCGUGCGUAUCCGAUGAACAUCACACCCUGUAAUAACAUUCACACAUGGAACACGCAUGCUUUUAGUAAUAUGCAGCACGUAAGUUUUUAGUAUAGUUGUAUCGUCCAUUGGUUGAUAUCAUUUGCCACCCGUAUUGUCAGUAAUAUUACGGAAGCUCGAAGAGUAAACUAUGCCGGUAGAACACCUGUAAAACAGUAAAACAGUUCUGAUUGCGCAUGGUAGCAAAUGAAAAGACCAGAGUUCGAUAGGCGCGCUACCACUGUCAACAUGCAUGACACGUGAAGUAUUAUAAUAUUUAUUCAGAUGGAAAUAGGUCAAAAUAUCCUAAUUGGAAAUUUGAUAAUUCCUGUCAGAAUCUCAACUUUGUGUGUCUGUUUCCUCUUGUUUCAUUUAGUGUGCCACCCUAUGUCUCCACGGUUAACUCUUUAAGGUUAUGUUUUCAUCCGUCUAGCACCUUUUACUGAGUGCUUGUCAAUCACUUAGUGUUUCGUGGCUUCAUUAGGUACUCGAAUGGCAUCUAUUUACAGCCCUCCGAUAGACCUGAACUCUAUCCACAUCUCUUUAAUCCACAUCGGUCACUGGCCAUCGCUUCUUCUACGAGUAUCUGUUUGAUUCAUGGCUCAACCAUAGCGAAUCUUUGCUUUCAAGACAGAAGAGAGACAGAGGUUCCUUUCUCAAAAAAACCUAUGGCAACGAUCAGGCGGAAAAAAUUGCAAUAAGACACUGGCAUGCCGACGCACAGGAUCACACGUCUACACCUAAGCCAACCUUUUAAAAGUCAGGGAGUAUUAAGACUAUAAGGAGUUCUCUAUUGACUGGGCCACCGAAAACAACUAUCAACUCGUGAAUAACACGGCCGAGAAAAAUCUCCUGAGAUGCUUCAAGUUAUAUCCAUUACGAGCGAUUCGAACUUUAGCAACAAAGCUCGGUUCGCCAAAGUUCUCAAGCCUUUCAAAGGAAGGAAGACCCAAUACUAAUUAAAGGUUCCUGCGGAUUUUCAUUGUGGACUAAAUAUUACUUUAUUUCUAGACAUUUUCAGAGCUUCAGCUUUAAAAAUUUCCACGCUAGUCUUUGAAUACAAUGCAGUGCAACGCUUCGAGAUCUUAAGCAAGCGCUGAAUGGUAAAAAUAUAGGCCAUUAUUUCUACGAGUAACUCAAAACUUCGUACAUUCAAAAUGCACGUCUUCGGUGUUAAUUUUACAGGCAAAUUGGCAAAUUCUUGUCAUUUCAGUAUAAAAUACAUAACGGGUUGCUCGGGUAUUUUGUAGGAUCCUGUGAUUCCACGUUGUUGUUCCGGUUGUUGUUGAUUAUUGUUCCCGAUAUCAAUUCAAGACUUCCCUAAAUACUUUUAAAGUUAAACUCUCACAUUUAAACUCACAUAACUGACAGAUUUUAUAUUACUUUUUCGCCUUCUUAGUGGUCUGAGGUCCCUCUUUAUUCUAUGAAUUGUAUACAUUUUGUUAUUAUACGUUUACUAACGUUCAUUUGUAUUCCUGCGUCAAGAAACCUGCGUCAAGAUGUCAAGCCGUACAACCUUCUUAUCAACCGUAAGGAACGUUGAUUGUGCCUCAUCGAUUAAGACCUUGCUGACUUCUAUAAUUUCAAUCUCAGGUACAAUAUUCGGUUUGUUUUAAGAGCUCUAUGAUUCUUCUCGAUUUUAUGUGUUAUGACUAUUUUCUGUCAUGUCAAGAAAGAAAUUAUACUACAAUAGUGUGAUUCCAUUAACCAGUUAGUAAGCACCACCAAGGUGCUUGAUGUAAAAUACUUGCAAACCUAUGUAUAUCAAAUCAUAACUGAAAUAAACGCGACGAGCA